GAGGAGUCCGGGAGGGCUCAGCAGGGACCAGUUGGGAGGUGGUGCGCCGUGCCAGAGGUCUGGGCGACGGGCCUGGUGAACACCUGGGAUGCAGGGCAGGUGGCAGAGGCUGGGGAUCCCAGCCUGGGGUGAAGUCAGGAUUUCAGAAUGAGAUGCCAAGCCAGGAGGCCAAGUGGGGAGGAAAGACACCCGAGAAGUGGUAGCCAUAAAAUGUGUGGCUAAGAAAAGUCUGAAUAAGGCGUCGGUGGAAAACCUCCUGACGGAGAUAGAGAUCCUCAAGGGCAUCCGGCACCCCCACAUCGUGCAGCUGAAAGACUUCCAGUGGGACAGUGACAAUAUCUACCUCAUCAUGGAGUUCUGUGCGGGAGGUGACCUGUCUCGCUUCAUCCACGCUCGUAGGAUUCUGCCUGAGAAGGUGGCUCGGGUCUUCAUGCAGCAGUUGGCUAGUGCCCUGCAGUUCUUGCAUGAGCGGAACAUCUCUCACCUGGAUCUGAAGCCACAGAACAUUCUACUGAGCUCCUUGGAGAAGCCCCACCUGAAACUGGCAGACUUUGGCUUUGCACAGCACAUGUCCCCAUGGGAUGAGAAGCAUGUGCUCCGAGGUUCCCCGCUCUACAUGGCCCCUGAGAUGGUGUGUCAGCGGCAAUAUGAUGCCCGUGUGGACCUCUGGUCUGUGGGGGUCAUCCUGUAUGAAGCCCUCUUCGGCAAGCCCCCCUUUGCCUCCAGGUCGUUUUUGGAGCUGGAGGAGAAGAUCCGGAGCAACCGGGCGAUCGAGCUCCCUUCUCGGCCCCCACUGUCCCGAGACUGCCGGGACCUUCUGAAUCGGCUUCUGGAGCGGGAUCCCACCCGUCGCAUCUCCUUCCAGGACUUCUUUGCCCACCCAUGGGUGGACCUAGAGCACAUGCCCAGUGGGGAGAGUCUGGCACGAGCGACAGCCCUGGUGGUGCAGGCUGUACAGAAGGACCAGGAGGGAGACACCACGGCUGCCCUGUCACUAUACUGCAAGGCGCUGGACUUCUUUGUGCCUGCCCUGCACUAUGAAGUGGAUGCCCAGCGGAAGGAGGCAAUUAAGGUGAAGGUGGGACAGUACGUGGCCCGUGCCGAGGAGCUCAAGGCCAUCGUGACAUCCUCCAAUCAGGCUCUGCUGCAGCAGGGAACCUCUGCCCGGGAACUGCUAAGAGAGAUGGCCCGGGAAAAGCCACGCCUCCUCGCUGCUCUAGAAGUGGCUGCAGCUGCCAUGGCCAAGGAAGAGGAGGCCAGUGGUGGUGGGGAGCAGGAUGCUCUGGAUCUGUACCAGCACUGCCUAGAGGAGCUGCUGCUGCUGUUGGCAGCGGAGCCUGCAGGCCGGCGGCGGGAUCUGCUUCACACAGAGAUUCAGAACCUCAUGGCUCGGGCUGAGUACCUCAAGGAGCAGAUCAAGAUGAGAGAGUCUCGCUGGGAAGCAGAGGGCCUGGACAGAGAGGGGUUGUCUGAGUCUGUGCAGAGCUCUUGUACCCUGCAGUGACCCAGGACAGCUGGACAGAGCCUGGGACACCCAGAGUGUAGGGCACACUUACCCAGGGGACACCAGGAACCCAGUGGCCCUGUGCACCCUGGUUGGAUGGACAUCUCCAGGCACUCUACAAUGCUCCCUGCAUCCCUGGGGUCGCAAGGUCUGCAGGAACUCCUGGCCAGUCUCUGGAAGAAGUUCCCCAUGGGGGACCCUUGUCAUUUAGUGACUCCUGAGCUCUGCACCUGUCACUUGCUCUGAGAGGAGAGCAGGGCCCUGGGCAGGGACCUUUAGCUCUGACCUCUUGGCCAGCAGGUAGCCACUCCCUGAGCCACCCUUUGUGGAUGCCAUUACUCUAGUGUACCUCUCCUCACCAGAGUGGGGCACUCAGGGACCCCCAUCUUACAGUGUACACUCUGCUGGGGCUCACACCCACCCCUGCCUCAGUCCUGUAAAAUUGCCCUUCCAGCCUGAUAUUAGGUUCUUUGCAGGGGCACACACGGUUCAGGGGUACGCACGGCUCAGGGGCAUAGUCCUCAGUCCUUGUCCUUCCCUGGGAAACAUUCCAUGCUAGCCACAGAGCUGGGACUGCAGGAUACCCGGUGCAGACCAGACUGCCUGGUCUUAGGCCUGAUGCUGCUGCCACACUGCUGUGUGACUGUGGGUUGCCCUUUCUCUUUUCUGGGCCUGGGUCUCCAUCUCUGCUGGGCCCAUGAUACCUCUGUAGCCCAUGCAGCUCUUUUGAGGACAGGGUGACUUUGCCCUGGAGAGGAAUGUACGCACUGGAUGGGUUUGUGUUAAAAAGCUGAGAGGUUGUUGGUGACUCUAAACCCUUUUGCUCUUAAACACCGCCUUGGGGAGUAGUCCUGUGUCCUCCCCUGGAGGUUGGGUGUAAACGAAUGCAAUUCGUUUCUCUUAUUAAAUUAUUUUCUGCA